AUGCGGUAUUACGAGCAAAAAUAUCCGGAGGUCGACGAACUUGUCAUGGUACAAGUUCGUCAGAUAGCAGAGAUGGGAGCGUAUGUCAAGCUUCUAGAAUAUGACAAUACCGAAGGAAUGAUUCUCCUGUCUGAGCUCUCUAGAAGGCGUAUAAGAUCGGUGCAAAAACUUAUUCGAGUCGGGAGGAAUGAAGUUGUUGUUGUAUUGCGUGUCGAUAAAGAAAAAGGUUAUAUCGAUCUAUCCAAAAGACGGGUGUCUCCCGAAGAUAUCACGAAAUGUGAGGAGCGAUACAUGAAGUCAAAAACAGUCGCAUCGAUUCUACGGCAUGUCGCUUCAAAAAUACCAUCCACGGACGUGGAACCCAAAACUGUCGAAGCUGCACCAGCACCUAUAGAUGUCGGAGAUAAAGAUAGCAAGAAAGCACGUAGAGCCGCUCGUCAGGCCGCUCACGAUGAAGAUGGUGCUGAAGAACUUCCAGUCUCAACAGGAAAUGAGGAGGAUCGACUCGAGAUGUUAUAUGAACAAAUUGCCUGGCCUCUCGGGAAAACGUACGGACAUCCGUACGAUGCGUUCAAGCUGUCAUUGGCCUCACAAUCUUACAGGGAGCCUGAUACCGUUUUCGGUACACUACAAACUACUAUAUCUCCCGCGAUUAAAACACUAUUAACGGCCACUAUUGCUCGUCGUCUCACUCCUCAGCCAAUCAAACUUCGUGCCGAUAUUGAAGUGACCUGUUAUACCCCUGCUGGCAUCGACGCCAUCAAGAAAGCUUUGAAGGCAGGAGAGAAAGAGAGUAGUGAGGCUGUCCCAAUCAAAGUGAAGCUCGUCGCCCCUCCCUUCUAUGUACUUACCACAAACGCAACAGACAAGUAUGCCGCCGUUGAUCGCUUGGAACGCGCGAUAGAAUCAAUCCAAAGCACUAUCGAAGACCAAGGUGGCUCUUUAGUCGUAAAAAUGAAGCCCAAAGCUGUUUCAGAGACCGACGAACAAGAUCUCGCCCAGCUUAUGGCUAAAGCUGGCCAAGAGAAUGCUGAGGUUUCUGGAGACGAAGAUGAUGAAGAAUGA